AUGGCGGAUUCCAAGGCUCUAAUUGACUAUACAAAGAGGCUUCUAGUGGAACCGCCGCAAUUAACUCCACAGGAUCUGAAUCAUGCGAUUGAUCUCGUUAUAGCUCUUUUAUCCCAAGACAAUGACGAUAAACUACAGAAUUACGUCGUGGUAUCGAGUUUUCUGACAUCUUUGAGAACCACGGGACUCGAUCAUAAGGCAGAAUAUAUUGCAGAGGCCGCAAAAGCGGUGCUUGCUCACUCAGACACAGUUGAUCUUUCCGAGCAUGUAAAGCCCGGUGAAGUGGUAUUGGACAUUGUUGGUACAGGAGGUGAUGGUCAAAACACUUUCAAUGUUUCAACCUCUGCUGCAAUAGUUGCUGCAGGCAUCCCAGGUGUGAAGGUGUGCAAGCACGGUGGUAAGGCGUCUACUUCCAAUAGCGGAGCGGGCGAUCUGGUAGGUCAACUAGGAUGUGAUGUUUCCAAAAUUAACCAAAAGACGGCUCCAAUUCUAUGGCACAAUGAUAACACUUUCAUUUUUCUGCUGGCACCUUACUUUCAUAAUGGUAUGAAGAUUGUCGCUGGGAUUAGAAAGCUGCUCGGUAUACCAACUAUCUUUAACGUGCUGGGUCCUCUGAUUCACCCCGUCAAUCAUGUUAACAGGAGAAUCCUUGGGGUCUACUCUAAGGAUUUGGCUCCCGAGUAUGCUCGGGCCGCAGCUUUGGUAUACCCUGAUAGUGAAACAUACAUCGUCUGGGGUCAUGUCGGGCUCGACGAAGUCUCCCCAAUUGGUGACACGACCGUUUGGCAUGUUGACCCAUCAAACCGCGACGGGAUAAGAACUUUUGAACUUAAUCCGAGCAUGUUCGGCCUGUCAGAGCACGCAUUGGCACAGUGCAAAUCCUACGGGCCAGCCGAGAAUGCACAUAUUCUGAAGAACGAAAUAUUAAAGGGCAAGUACCAUCUAGGUGACAAUAAUGCCAUCUAUGACUACAUUUUACUAAAUACAGCCGUUUUGUACUGUCUGAGUCAGGGACACCAGAACUGGAAGCUCGGUAUUCAAAAGGCAGAGGAAAGUAUCCAUUCUGGAGAGUCCAUCAGGGCCUUAGAGCACUUCCUAUCGGACGUUGAAAGUUUAUAA